AUGGCGGCGCGGGGCGGGCCGCGGGGCGGGCCCGGCGCUAUGGCGGAGCCGGCGCUGCUGAGGGAGUACGUGUCGCACCUGGCGGCCCGCGCGGCGCAGGGACAGCUCGCGGCCUGCGCCGAUCCCGCGCUCAAGGCCCGGGCGCGGCGGCUGCUGGGCCCGGGGCGCCGCGGGGCCCUGGACGUGCGCGGCGUGGCCGAGCGCUGCCGGCGGGCGCGGGGCGGCCGCGCCCUGCGCGACCUGCUCAAGGCGCUGGAGCUGCUGGAGCUGCUCUGCGUCAACCUCCUGCUGUGCCCCUGGCGCCGGGAGAUCCGCUCCCUCAAGACCUUCACUGGGAAUUUUGUCUACUACAUCCAGCCAGUGCUCCCAGAGGACAUUGUGAAAGCAGUGCUGGAGAAAAUAGGUUAUGUUGCAACUACAGCAACAGAGUUUUCACUUGUCAAAAAGAGAAACAAUGAGGAAACGAAGCAGACUGCAUUUGAGAUAUUCCUAGCAAGAAUCGAGUGUGAGGCCAUCCUGGAGAUGACAAAUGAAGAAGCACUUGGCAGUUUGGAGAAGAGCCUGCAGCAGGGAACACAAACGCGUCGGCAUCGAGGAGAGGAGCAUGAGGAGCAUCCCCAGAGGGGAGACACUGAAAGUCUGGGAAAUGAAGGGAGCAGUGAGACACCUUUGUGCCUUGCCCCCCAGCAGAAGGGUUCAGUUCCCUGUGCUGCAUCCUUUGGAGCUGCUGGGAACGUGAGGAUCAUGGGGGACGUGGCUCAGUCAGCAGCUGCUGCAUCCCCCAGCAGCCUCCAGCAGCACCAGAGGCAAAGCAUUGACCCCGCACACCUGCCGGGCAAGGGCUCGGACAGCGAGGACUUCCUGACCCAAUACAGUGACAUUGUCAUUGCACAGACACCCAUCUUCAGUGAGAGCCUCUCUCCACAGGCUCUGGGAAAGGAGCCCCGAGCCAGGCUGGGUGAGGAGUGUGCCCUGGCAGGGCCUGCACGGGCGCUGGGGCCUGCGCCUCUGUCCCCGGGAGCCAGCGGGCCCCCAGCCUUUGCCAUGUUUGCUGACAGCUCCUGUGACAGCAAAACCACCUUGGAGUUUGAAGCUCCAGGAGUCCCAGAAGGAUCAAUUGAAGCAGAAAUUAAUGAUGCCAUAAAUUGCAUAGACCCAGCCCCUGGUGAUGAGCCCACUGAGCUGAAGUCUCUGCCCUACAAGGACUUUGCCUCUGCCCAAAACUGCAGCGUCCCCAGGGAAGAGGACAUUUGUGAGCUGUCUUUAACCUUCACAGAACUACAGAUCAAGGAUGCUCAGGAAGAACUUAUGUAUCCAGUAGAGGAAAGUGGCCAGCCUGAGGCAGUGGCCUAUGCAGGAACAAGUGACAGGCACGUUAGAGAAUUCAAUUGCUCCCAAAUAAAACACGCGUACCUGACUGAUGCUGACCUGCACAAGAGAGCAGUGUCACACCCUGAGCCACCUUCAGGUCUGUGCUGUACUGCUGGGCACACAGAGGAUGCCACUGCUGGUUCUGACAGCAGGAGACUGUUCAUGGAUCCUGCUAAGGGACACCCAGCUUCUGAGUGCUUCAGGCAUGUCAGAGAGCCCCCCAACCUCACCUACAUCCCCCCCCAGAGCAUCGAUGUGCAGCCCUCACACGGGGGCAGGAGGGGCCUGGGGCAGCCUGCAGGGGGCUCUGCUGGAGGCAGGGAAGGGAAGCUGGAGCAGGGCAAUUCCCAAGAGACUGACAGCCAGGAGCCUUAUGUCAUCAUUGACAGAACCGAGCAGGCAGCACUGAGCCACCACUCCUGAGGCUGCAGUGCUUCACUGUCAUCCCCUGGGGGACUGUCCUCUCACCUGGGGCCUUGAUCCUGUUGUCAGGGAGAUGAUUCACUUUGUCACAACAGUUCUAAAAAACCCAAAGCACAUCCCUGCCUUGGGACAGUAAAUAGCAGGAGUUACACAAAUUCCUAAUGGUUCCUUUCGCAAGGAAACCUGAAUGGUCACCUUUUUAAAGGGUAGGCAAACUAAUAUAAAUUUAAAUCAAUUUAAUUCAUCAGUCAGAUUCCUUCUGGCUGUUCCUAAUGCCAGACAGGUUUCUUCAGCUGGGCAUCCUACUUCUCAUUUUCCCCUUCACAGACCUAUUCCUGGAAUACUCUUCUAGUACAAGGUAAAUUCUGCUAAACUGGAAGAAGUUUAGAAAUGCCUUACUGGACUGUACUCCUUAACUCCCUGCAUUCCUUUGAAGCUGUGUCUGAGCUAAUCUUCCUCCUGACUUCAGUUGAAACCAGUUUCAGAAAGUUUGAUAACAUUCCUUUAGCUUUAAAGAGGGAAACAGCUCUGUGAACACUUGCUUUUGUGGAGGCAUUGACCUGUGUCAUAGGUUUUAUAUCUAACCAAUAUAUAACCAUUUGUUACCAAAGUAUUUUGUGGCCACCACCACAAUUUCUAAGAGAAGCCUUGAGCACUGUAACUGUUCACUGCCACCAGCAGAGAGAGGUCCAGCUACAGCUGCCAUUUCCCUUGCCCCUGCUCCUGACACUUAAUUCUGCACAGAAUUUUUCUGCUGGCCACUUCAUCUCACUAAAAUGAAGAGAAAAAAAAUCUCAUUCUUCACCAUUUUAAUGGCAGGAAAAAAAAUCUGCUCAGGGAAGGAUCCCAGUGAGCAGCAGAGGCAGGAUCAGGGAUAUCCUGCAGGUGGGAGUGCUGUGUGGAAAGCUCAGGAGUGUUGGAUCAGCUGGAAGCUGGGAUCCCAGCACUGAGGGCCUUUGUCACACACAGCUCUGAACUCAUUUAGGAAAGGACACUGCUGCUGUGCCUGGGCACAGUCUGCAGUGCUGUUUAUACAAAUACCUCCAAGGGGUGUCAGGGCCUGGUGCCCAGCAGCAGGACAGAGAGCAAUGGCCAUAAGCUAAAACACAAAAAAAUGUACCCCAACAUGAGGAAGAAUUUGUUUUCCUGGAGGGGGCAAAGCCCUGGAGCUGAUGCCCAGGGAGGCUGUGGAAUCUCCGUCUCUGGGACAUUCCAAACCUAUCUGGACAUGUUCCUGUGUCACCUGCUCUAGGUGACCCUGCCUGGGCAGGGCUUGGACUGGGUGACCUCCAGAGCUCCCUUCCAACCCUAAAAUUUCUGGGAUUCUAUGAGACACUUGUUACCUAGAAAGACUCUGCAAUACUGCUUCAAGUGGCUUUUUCAGUAGCACUGAAUGUCUGCUGGUUUGGGCUGGGGUAGAGUUCAUUUUCUUCACAGUGGCUAAUAUGGAGCUCAGUUCUAAAUGCUAAAAAUGCCUUUCAUGUACAGUUAAAAUAUUAGCUGAAACUAAUUGUGUAUUAAUUGUUUGUAAUUGACUUUCUUCCCAGAAAAAAAUCAGAGGAGCACACAUGGAUUAGACUAGAAAAACCUCAGGAACUAAAACAUAAAGAUUUGCUUUUUGAAGAACUAAUGGUUGAAAUUCUGUCAUCCCCUGAUUCCGGCAGUGUAGGAGAAACAGAAUUUGCUCAAGGUAACAGCAGGGGACAGGACUGCCUUCAGCUCUGGGUGUGGUGUGAGAAAUGGGUGUUAGGAACAAACAGGGUUCACAGGGCUGUGCCCUGACAAGUACCAGUGGCAUCCUUUGGGUGUAAGAUUCUGUACUAAACCACAAAGUGACAUUUUCUGUGCUGUGCAAAAUGUAUGUCCAUAGUGAAAUUAGAAUUAAGAACAAACUGCAGAUGAGUGAGCUUCAAACAUAGAACCAUUUCCAAAGAAAUUGUUCUUUUGGACUCUUAGAGAAGUAAAAGUUUUGAAAGUUUAACAGAAGUUAUCAAGAACAGCUGGAAUCCCCCUACAAAGAAGCUGCCAGAAGUAAGAUAAUUAUUUAGCAUACAAAAUCUUACUUUUAAGCUGGAAUGUUAAAGGUUUACAACAGAGCAGUAGAAUGGCAUUCCUUGGAUCACUAGCUUUAGUACCAGCUUAGUACUUCACUAGGAAAUGCUCUCUCUGUGCACUUACUGUUACCAAGUUGCAGUGAUUUAGAAAAGAAAGAGCUGAUCAGAUGGGAAUCACAGGGCAGGAGCUGCAGCUCCUGACUGGGUGUGGUUCUUCCAGUGCAAUGGGUUUUAGGCAAACCACAACCCUCCAAAAGCAGCACCACCAGAUAUUGUUGAAAAGCCACAUAACUGAAUGUUCCUAUCCUGCACAAAGUGCCUGACAAAUGUCUGUACAAAGUGAUCAAAGUGCUGUUGAAGCCUUGCUUGUUCCAGCUAAACCAACCAAAACCAGCAGGGGAAAAAUAGAUUCUGUACUAGUGGGAUCAUUCCCCUAAAACUGCCCAGAAAAUCAAUGUGAGAGCAGUCUGAGUGCUGCAGGGAAAGGAUUCCCUUGAGGGCAGCAGCCAGAGGGUAAAGCACAAGUGAAGGGCAACUCAGCACUUCCUUUGACAGGUCCAAGAAUGAAACCCCCACUGGUUUUCUGUACUCUCCCAAGGACUUACAGUUCAUAAUAAACUGCUCGUGACAUAAA